GACUACUAUAUAGGUACCGUUUCGAUACGUUGGGAGUUGCAAGUUUGCGGAACAGAACAAAAGAUCGAGGAGCCAUGGGGGAAAACAAGUUGGUGCUCCUUCCCUCGCCCGCCGUGGGCCACAUCAUCACCAUGGUGGAGAUGGGCAAACUGCUAUUUCGUCGCCACUCCGACACCUCCGCUGCCCACUUCUCCAUCACCAUCCUCCUCCCUGGCCCCGCUUCCGCCCCUGCCGUCGACGCCUGCAUCAAAUCCGUCGAGGCGUCCGGCCUCGACAUCGAAUUUCGGCGGCUUCCGCGCGUCGAUCCACCCACCGAUAACGACGGCCCAGAGGACUUCACGUCCCUCCUCAUGCAGAAGCUCAUGCCCCACGUGAAAUACGCCGUCGCCGACAUACAGCGUCUCUCCGCCGCCCCCGUGGCGGCGCUGAUCGUUGAUUUUUUUGCCACCGGGGCGCUAGAUUUCACCCGAGAGCUCGGCGUGCCUUGCUACGUAUACUUCACCACCAGUGCUGCCUUCCUUGCGCUCAUGCUUUAUUUACCAACUCUUCACGAGAAUUUCCCCAUGGAGUUCGAGGAAAUGGAGGAAGCGGUGCAUAUACCGGGCGUGUGCCCCAUUCUGCCGCUUUCGAUGCCGGCACCGUUCAUGAGCAAGAAGAGCGGGAGAUACACCUGCUUCGUGCACCACGGCCGGCGCUUCUGCGAGCUCGACGGCAUCAUCAUCAACACCUUCGCCGAGCUCCAGCCUGAGACAUUGCGGGCCGUGGAAAAGGGGCUCUGCGUGCCAGGCCGCUGGAUGCCGCCGGUGUUCCCAGUGGGCCCCGUGCUCGCGAGCCACGUGGACGGCGGCGGCGCUUCGAAUGGUCGACUACGGAGACACGAGUGCCUGGCGUGGCUUGACGAGCAGCCGGCAGGGUCGGUGGUAUUCCUCUGCUUCGGGAGCAGAGGAAGCUUCGAGGCAGCGCAGGUUGCGGAGAUGGCGAAGGGGCUAGAGCGGAGCGGGCACCGGUUCCUAUGGGCGCUGCGCGUGGCGAGUCUGAAGGAGGCGGAACUUGUGAUGCGGCAGCCUGAAGAGCCGUCGAGGCUGGAGGAGGUGCUUCCGAAGGGGUUCACGGAGAGGACAAAGGGGAGGGGGAUGGUGUUGGCGUCGUGGGCGCCACAGGCGGACAUACUGGCGCACCUGGCAGUGAGGGGAUUUGUGACGCACUGCGGGUGGAAUUCAUGCCUGGAGAGCUUGUGGUUUGGGGUGCCAAUGUUAGGGUGGCCGCUGUACGCUGAGCAGCACCUGAACGCAGUAGUGAUGGCGGAGGACAUAGGGGUGGCGCUGCGGCUGGAAGUGGAGAGGGAGAAGGGAAACUGGGUGGGGGCGGAGGAGUUGGAGAGAGGGGUGGGGAGGUUGAUGGGGGAGGGGGAGGAAGGGAGGAGGGUGAGAGCGAAGGCGAAGGAGAUGAUGGCGGCCAGUAGGAGGGCCGGGGAGGAAGGUGGUUCUUCCUUCGUUACCAUGAAAAAGCUGUUGGUGGAACUACUCACCAAGAGGGCACCAUGACAUUCUGUGAUAAUGUAUUAUUAAUAAAAAAGAAGCAAUUUUCUUC